AUGGCACCGCCAUCCGCUUCCGUGUCAGAGUACCCAGAUCGACUAGAAUUGCUAUUACCGCCGCUGCCCCAUAAAGUGCCUGGUCUUGAUAGCUGGAGCGAUAGUCUUACAACACAAGAUUCAGACAGUUCUUGUAAUCCAACACCACAAGAUCCAGAUAUUUCUUCUAGUCUAGCAGCACAAGGUUCAAGGCUUUCCACUGGUCCACACCGUAUCCUUUAUCUACCUGAGGACAAUUUCUUUACCGCGCGUACACCUCAGGAUUUCGACGAGAUAGGCUUGUCAUAUUAUGGACUUGUUACCAAUAUCAAAUACGACUGGCCGAACAAGGAAGAGUCCUUCUAUGGGGGAUACGUGGGAUACGUGGACAGGCGUCUCCAUGGCUCAUCCUCGGAAAGGGAUAAAUGGGGGCAGUUUCCGCAUAUGUCUGCCUAUGAGGGCUUUUCGGGUAUACGUGGUAUUUCGGACUCCAGCGAUAUGGCCACUCCGGAACUGUCAUCAUGCAGCACUAUAUCUCCAGCGAGCAGCACUAAGACUCCAGCGAGUAGCACCAUGACUACAGCGAGCAGCGCCAUGAACAUCGGCUAUGGAGGAGGUGAAGAAACGAGAAGCGAACCCUCGAAACGACGCGAUAGGCAUCGCUGGCCUUGCGAAUUGUGCGACAGAUCAUACAUUCGUCAAGGCGAUUUACGCCGUCACAAACGCAAGCAACACUAUAUCGGUAGCCAGACAACGAAACAUGUUCAGCAGGAACCUGAAGCCCGAGAUAAUAGAAUGGCAAAGUCACUGCAGAGCACUCUCGGCAAGGCCCCUUUACGCGAGACCUCGCCUUUGCCACAUAGCAAAGACAAGGCCCAUCCCAGCAGCAAAUACGAGGCCAAGCUGACGGACUAUCAAGGACAUGGUAACUCCGAUGAAGCGGAUAAGGCAAGGGUCAAGCCAGAGUUACAUCGUCAGGGGAGCCGGAUGAGCAACCAGUGUGUUGGCAGCGAUAUCUACUCGCGUGCCAUGAGCUCUGACAACUAUAGCGCAUUUCCAGGAAACCCGGACAUGAGCAGUAAGAAGAGGCACAAUCCUGACGACGAUACAUCCCAGUGCUCUGGGGAUUUCUCAAGUGAGGAAGGAGAUGACAGUGACGGUGAGUGUGACAACGUCACGACGUGGAACUGCUCUCAACCUGAUGCACUGCCCUCCUUCCUCCCAUAUAUCCGCGGUCAUGAAGGAGAUACUUCUUCUCCGUGCAGCGACUCUCCGGACAGUGGAAGCACUACCAGUGGUACGACGAGCGAUACCCCUACGUCGUCUACAUCUGGCUGUACUGGGGGAAAUGGCCUUCAAGGAAACGGAUAUACUUCACCAAGUUCUGGAAUAGGGGCAUCAAAUAACAGUAAUCAUCCAAUUCUGGGGAUUAAGGAUGGAAUGGGCCCAAAUUUCGCCUCCGAUCCACAACCCCUUCCCCUCAUCUGCUGGUAUUCAGCCGCCGGUAUAGCCUGUACUUCGAAGCAUGUCAAGAUGUCAAUUGAAGUACGGCACUUGUGGAAUGAUCAUGCUUGGGGCAAAAAUCGAAAACUUCCAAACCACCGACUAUCUGAUGCUUGUCAACGGUGUAAACGUUUAUUUAUUACCCAACAACUUCUGGAUGAACACGUCGCACCGCAAGGACCUUGUCGAGCAUUGAGCUCUGUAGAGCUAGAGGAAUUGAACAAGGAACCCAAUAGACUCGGGAUAUCCCUUGAAUGUAAGGAAGCCGUCGACGAUCUCAGGAAAAGCAUUGAUAAGGUGACAAAGGGGGAUCAUAUGCCAGCCUUUCACGAUAGCGAAACUAUGGCGCUGUUGAAGCAACGAGUGGACAGCAAUGUGCUGCUUUACAUAAACGGGUCUAACACGAGCGAGAAGACCGCCAGGUCUCAACUUUGGAAGUGGUAUUUGAUCUUCAAAAGGUUGCGGCCGGACGAUGAGGUUCCGAGAAAUCCAUUCAUUUCGGCACAACGUCUAGCAGGUUCUGAGGAGAGACCUAGAGCUGAUGCCCACCGCAUAUUCAUGCAGCUUCUCGAUCAGAAAAGAAUAGAAGGGUGCCUUCCUCAAUUCGACGAUGACCAGCGUAACGCCAUAGGUCGCGUGUUUCUCGAUACUUUAGAAAUGCUAGGUGCCAACCAAGCUAACGAAAGACACCGGUCUGUUCAAACAAGGAGAAAUUCACGAAAAAGGCAAAGACUUUCCCCGCCGGAGGAUCAUGGACCUGCACCAGGUUCAACUGAUAUCACUCUGGCACCUACGACUCCAGCACCGGCACCAGCUCCAACACCAGUGGAGUUUCCUCCAUCUGUUCGAGAUACAGUAAACCUCCAGCACCCCACAUUCACACUACCCGAAGUGCAAAACCAACUGUUGCCGCAAACACCGUCAUCUGCCCUCCAGUCAUUCAUGCCUAGCGCUGACAGUCUUUGGCUACUACAGCAGCAGCAGCAGCAAGAAGCAGACGCUCAUUCGAUGUUCUCGACGGGCGACUUCGGGUAUAUUGAUUUGUCGACAGACUAUGGAGGGCUCUCAGGAUUUGGAACUCAAGAUCGUUAG